AAAUUCAUUCCGACUCUUCCCUGUAGGAAUUGAAUGAUUUGGCACGUGAUCCUCCUGCACAGUGCUCAGCAGGUCCAGUGGGGGAUGAUGUGUUCCACUGGCAGGCAACAAUCAUGGGGCCAAAUGAAAGUCCAUAUCAGGGUGGCGUUUUUUUCCUAACCAUACACUUCCCAACAGAUUACCCCUUCAAACCACCAAAGGUUGCAUUUACUACAAGAAUCUACCAUCCCAACAUAAACAGUAAUGGCAGCAUCUGUCUGGAUAUCCUCAGGUCCCAGUGGUCUCCUGCACUUACUAUUUCUAAAGUUCUCCUGUCCAUCUGCUCACUCUUAUGUGACCCCAAUCCAGACGACCCUCUUGUGCCAGAGAUUGCCCGAAUCUAUAAAACAGACACAGAGAAGUAUAAUAGAAUGGCAAAGGAAUGGACAGAGAAAUAUGCCAUGCUGUAGGUGAAAGUCAACUCUGCAUUGUGAACAUUAGAGAUACAACAGAAUAGCGCGGGAAUGGACUCAGAAAUAUGCAAUGUGAUGUUUUCUGGACACAUUUAUACACUGUUUGUUCUCUCAUGUUUUGGACACUGUUGCAAGACCAUAUUUCCCCAUCUGUCUCUUAUGGAGGCACAAUCCCAGAUUUCUGCUCAAACAGGAAUGCAAGCCUGCUCCUGGCCUUUCCACACUACAAAGUCUUGAAAUGGACCUUGCCAGUCUGAUGGAAGUUCUUCCACUCUAAGCUCUGCCUAUCUUUGAUCUUUACCAAUCAACUCCUCUCACUCCACAACA